CGGGCUUGGCUUGCGGGCGACCGCGGAGUGCGGCCCGGCCCGGCCCCGCGGGUUCUGCGGGGAAAGGAUUGUUUUUGGGAGUGGCGCUUAUUAGUCGGCACUGCCCUAGUUUAAAGCCCCGCCUUUGGGGUUUUCUGCACAGAUUGCAGCUUUCUGCUGGGAUUUUGGAAUGUCACGGUGUUUCAGUGCUGGGUGUCAGAGGUGAACCAUGGCGAGGUCGUGGGGAGCCCCUGCAGCACCUGCUGGGCGAUGGCAGAGGAGGCUGUGUCUGGGGGUGGGACGGAGAAACGAAGCGUGACUGAGAUCCUGUUUGGCUAUUCUGCUGAAGUUGUCAUGUUUCUGUUCAGUACACCAGUUCACACAGCAAGUUGAUAAACCCAGUUGUAGUAUUUGGUGAUGCAAGGGGUUUGGGUGACAAAUAGACCCGGGGUGAUCUGGUUUGGCUAAGAAUGUUUGGGAUAUCCCAAGCAUCUGUCUCCAACGUAUCACCCUUGGCAGGCUCUUCUUUUUCUCUGUUGCAAAUAAUCUAGUAGGUUAAUAAUGCUGGGGUAGCACAGGCCUGAAACCGAGAAGUGUUUUCAAAAGAGCAAAGGUCCAGGCGGGCAGGUAGGUGGGGUAGGAGAAUCGCCCUUGAGAACGAGGUGCCUGAACGGAUUCUUCGUUUUUCUGUAAUGCCUUAGAAAGAAAGAUAGCCAUAGAGGAUGCCAUCAGUAAGGUUUGUGGCUCGAAUUUUCGUCAAGCACAUUUUAGCGGAAACAGUAUCAUAUAAAGCAGUCUUAUAAUCAUUCCUAUGAAUCGUUUGGUGUAUCUUGAAUUUUAAUAGCUGGGGUCUAUUUUAAAUGGACCACAUAUAAUUGUGUUCUGCUUUAUCUUGGAGACAGCCCUGAGUCAUGCUUUCUAGAAGUUCUGCGAGCUCAUGUGUCUGUGAGCGCUGGGAUAUCCUUUACCUAGUUCUUCCUAUCGCAGGCAGCCGUUGCGGGAACUCCUGGGGAAGGAGGGCCUGGGCAAUUGGGAGCACAGACUGAACUCCGUGUUUGCCACUGUGCCUGACUUCGAUACUCAAAUUUUGUUUGUGCUUCCAAGAGUAAAGAGCGAUUUAUUCAGGUUCUCAUUUACUCAUAGCUAGCCCUUCUCUGCUGGGAGGCAGCACAGUGACUUCAGAAUUCCAUUCCUCAUCACUGCCCUGCCAGCUAGUUUUACCUAUGUUGUGUUUAGUUCUGGGAAGGUCAUAAUUGCCCAUUUUAUGUGGAAACUAAGGGGAAGUGGAAUUUUAUGGCUUUAUAUUUUUGUACACUGACAACACUUUAACUGGAGAGUGUGUGUAUUCUUCUGUUUUGAUCCUUUAGAAAACUUAUAAUUUCUUGUAAGACUUUCUGCUUUCUGCCUUCAUCUCCUUUUUUCUAGCCCACAUGGUUGAGAGAGGGGGAGAAAGAGAAAAAAAGUCCAUUUCUGGUUUAGUUAUCGGUAAUUUAGUUUUAUAAUUCUAUUAUCCUGGUGUGCUUGGCAGCUUGUGCUGGCCUGUGUGUGGUUGUUAACUCAUAUGACUCCUUUAGAUGCCAUUGAACCAACUAUUAUAAAAAAUAUUUCACUUUCAAACUCCCAUGUUUCCAAGAACAGAGAAACUUAGUACAAAGGCAAUUUGGAAGAGUCUUCUGGCUCCUGGGCUCCUGAAGACGCAGUGCUGGAGCAGAUGGAUAAUGGAGACUGGGGCUAUAUGAUGACUGACCCAGUCACGUUGAAUGUAGGUGGACACUUGUACACAACGUCCCUUACCACAUUGACACGUUACCCAGAUUCCAUGCUUGGAGCUAUGUUUGGGGGGGACUUCCCCACAGCCCGAGACCCUCAAGGCAAUUACUUCAUUGAUCGAGAUGGACCUCUUUUCCGUUAUGUCCUCAACUUCUUACGAACUUCAGAAUUGACCCUCCCCUUGGAUUUUAAGGAAUUUGAUCUGCUUCGGAAAGAAGCUGAUUUUUACCAGAUUGAACCCUUAAUUCAGUGUCUCAAUGACCCUAAGCCAUUGUAUCCUAUGGAUACUUUUGAAGAAGUUGUAGAGCUGUCUAGUACUCGGAAGCUUUCUAAAUAUUCCAAUCCAGUGGCUGUCAUCAUAACUCAAUUAACCAUCACCACCAAGGUCCAUUCCUUACUAGAAGGCAUCUCAAAUUAUUUCACCAAGUGGAAUAAGCACAUGAUGGACACGAGAGACUGCCAGGUUUCCUUCACCUUUGGACCAUGCGAUUAUCACCAGGAAGUCUCUCUCCGGGUCCACCUGAUGGAAUACAUUACAAAGCAAGGUUUCACUAUCCGAAAUACUCGGGUGCAUCACAUGAGCGAGCGGGCCAAUGAGAACACAGUAGAGCACAACUGGACUUUCUGUAGACUGGCCCGGAAGACAGAUGACUGAUCACUAACCCUCAGGAGAACUUCCUGUAAGCUCAUGUUUUCUUGGGACAUGGAAGAGACUGUUACUGUUUUUUAAAUCAUAGUGUACCCCCCCUUUUUAAUAUUUGUAUUUAUUUGAAGGCAUUGAGGACCAGAAAGAAGUUCCAUGUGUGAGCAGUCUUCUCCCUGUUUUGUUCCCAAGUAUGCAUGUGCCUGUUCAGAGUCUCCAGACACCUUUUUUUUUUUAAAGAGAUCUGAAAAUCAUUAUGAUAUAUAAUCUACCCUUAACAGUGCUAAAAUGAUUUCUGAUAAUGUGGUCCCUAACUCAACUGGAAGGCUAAAAAUACAGUAAUGAAAGAUUAAGCAGAGUAUUCAUGAUGUCUUUGAGAAAAAUCAGAAUAUCAUGUAGGGUGACCUCAUUUCCAGACCAGUAGGCAGCAGUAUAUUAAAGGAAACCUGGCCAGUCAUCUGCUGGUACUUGUUAAGGACCGCUUCCUACAGUUUGACAACUGUUUCUUUCUAUGCAUAUAAAUCAAGCAACCAAAUAUCUGUAGCCAUUGAAAUGUCUGACUAGAAAUAUUUAUAUUGGAUUCUCAAUACAGAAUGUCCCUGUGGUAGAAACCUUAUGCCUGGUACAGUUUCAUUCCCAAGUGUACUGUCUACCAGGAAAGAGAAAUCUAAUAAAAAAUGGAGUAUGAACAUUAAGGGUUGUAUUUAUUGCUAUGUAAGGGGAAAAUCAUAUUCUUUGUCAAAAGUAUGCAUUGUUUAUGUCUCAAUUAAACUGCUUAUAGAACAUUUGUAAUAGAGUUGACAGGACUCAGUAGAACCUUAGAUUUGAGUUCAUAAAGCCAGCUGUGUUACCAGAGAUAAACAGUUUUGUCUUUUCAGAUCAGAUUUACAGUGACUAUUACAGGGUUUUAGCUGCCACAGCUAUGAAUAUGACUCACUCCAGCCUGUGCUGCACAUGGGGACAAAAUGACUCCAGCGAUUCUAUUCUCAUGUAUUGUGGUAGCUGCAAAUGUAUGUUUUUAUCAAGCUUAAGUUCAACUCUGAGAAGAAAUAAAUUGCAGUGAAGGAUUGGAAACACUUGGGAAAAUGUAUGUACAUUUGCUUAUUUCAUGGUCGAGUUGAUGUGAUUCUGUUACUCAUUGGAAGGAGUGUGUUAAUUAUGGUGAGACUUUCUAGUUUGUGAACAUCACAUAACAACUUCCCUGUUUUAAGGGAAUUGUGGACUUCUGUGUUUUGGCCCUAGGGCAGACAAGACACUUUUCCUCUUCUCUGAGACUAUUCUAAGAUUCUCCCUUUGAAAGGAAGAUGAAAAUAUUUACUUACGUGUCUCUGAAAAUUUAAGAUUGCCAAACUACCACCUCUUCUCCCGCACACAUACAAGAAACCCAUGAUUACCUCAUCUUCAAACUAGGAUACUUCAUUGUUAUUGACCGGUUGCUAUAGUUUCAGUAUAUUGAUGAACUGGAGAGAAGUUGUUACUGUUUGGAACAUUUGCUCCUAUUGUAAAUUGAUGUAUGGUUUCCUAAGUAAAGAUCCAAAUUGGUCAUGUGCCAUGGA